ACUAACAUGAUUCGUAUUCUUUUGGUUUCUAUAAACAAUAUUUUUAACAAUUUCAAAUUCUGGUAACCAAAAAAAAUAUAAAAACACUAUUGGAGUCAAAGGGGACCAUAAACUUUCUGACUAUGAGGGUUCUUCAAAAUAUCUUAAAACAUAGUAAAAAAAUAUAUAUAUAUAUAUGUGUGUGUGUGUGUGUGUGUGUGUGUGUGUGUGUGUGUGUGUGUGUGUGUGUGUAAAUUACAGUUAACUACUGUAAUAUGCACUGCAUUGUGGGUAAUUUCUAUACAUUUCAUACUACUUUACUGUAUCUGUGAAUUUUCAGUACUUUACUGUUUACCUGUCACAUAAAACAAAAUCUCCUGAUAGAAAAACAUAAAAACAACAUAGCCCAACAUGCUUCAUGGAUAAAUCACAAACACAUUAAAACUUUGAAUUAAAAUAUCAAAUAGCCUCAGGAAUUUAAAAUGAAUUUAUAUCUAUCAGAUGAACAUUUAAUACUUCUGAAUCUCCUUCCAGAAGGCAUUACUUCAAAGAGAACCUUCAAGGAUGGGAAUCAUUUCCUACAACACACAUCUUUCCUAAGUCCUAAGUAGGAACUGCAGAUCGGUCCUAUUUCUUAGAGUGAUGAGUACCAACAUAAAAAAGAAAAAAACUUAAAAUAGUCUCAAUAAAAGUAGUAUAAAAAGUUCUCAAUACACAGAAAUAGUUACAUUUCCUAAGUAUGUACGUUCUUUGAUUCGUAUAACCCAGUUGCUGGGGUUAAUCUCACUGACCAUUAAAACUAUACACCCCUCCCUCUCCCUCUGAGGAAGUAACCCAAAGCACUGUUGGGGUAAAGUCGUAACACUGGCUUGUCAUUCUCCUCGGGAGAGAGUGAGUCCUCAUAACGUUUGAAUAUGUUCUAUUCCAUCUCCAAAUCUUUUAUUGUGCUCUUUUAUUGUAUCGUUUCUAAUUAAUUUGGAUGCUGAAAUAUUUUCUCGAAACUCUACUGUUUGUUUAUGAACAGGUUAUAAAGUCACAGCAUCGGCUUCUUUCAGCUACUGGUAAAAUUCGAGGCAGCUGUCUGAAGUUCGCAGUUUCCCAUCGCCGGCUAUGAUUUCAGCAACUCGCUUAAAAAUGACAAAAUAGUCUAAUAGUGUGUCUCAGUGAGGAGUGGACCUCCAAACCACAUCCAAAGAAAAUAAGGGUUCAUCCUUAAUUUCUCCCAGCCUCAUCCCUGCAGAUAUUCUGCAGUCUAGCUCUUCACACGAAAAACUCUGUCCCCAUGCACUGUCUACUCAGCGGUAGAACAUAGUCUGUAGAUGCUAAUCCAGGAUGUGGCCAACAACAACAACCCGAGUCCUAUAUUUCCAGAACAAAGGUGUGUGUACUCUCUUCUGGUACAAAGAAAAGCGUUUACUGUCCAGCAUCAGUGUGCAGCUUGAUCUCUUUCAACAUCUGGAGUGUCUGCAUGAUUCCUACAGCUGUGUGUUGAACAAUCUCUGUCAGCCAUGUUCAGGCAUGUCUGUACUGCGUUAUAUCUAUAUCAGCGUGUCCCAUUGAUAGACAGUGGCGGCCUGCAGCAAUCUGUCCAUAUUCAGCUGACAAAUACCUUUCUUAACGCGUGCAGACGAGCAGAAGCUCAGUAUCUGGUGUUCUUGUCACUGAAAACGGUUUGCUCUCAAAGCAGUGCAUUUAACGUACAAAUUGUGUGGGAGGUGUUUCUGGAGCAGUUUAUUCACACUUACUGCAGAGCUUCACUAAACCACAACAGACCGACGGCACUCUCCAGCUCGCCUGCCGCUUUCAGCUCUCAAAAACUUCAUAGAACUUUUCUGUUGUGUUUUGUUGUAAAUGUCGCCUUUUCAGAACUCAGGCCUGUUGUUAUUUGAAGAAAAUGCUUGAGAGUUUAAUUUUUAUCGGUUUGUGCUCAUGGAGUCUGGCUGGUGUGUUUGUGGAUGAUGGAGUGAAGUCGGUGUCUGUGAUGGAGGGAGAUUCUGUCACUCUAAACAUCAACGAUCAUGAUAUGCACAAAGUUGAAGAAAUACUGUUCAAACACAACAGCGUUCUCAUUGCUCAAAUCAACAGAAUGAAGAAGAAUGAGUGCAGGUUUUUUAAUAAUACUGCUUCUCAGAGAUUCAGAGACAGACUGAAGCUGGACCAGACUGGAUCUCUGAUCAUCACAGACACCAGAACCACAGACUCUGGACUUUAUAAUGUCUCCAGCCGUAAAACAGCAACAAGGCUCACAAUCAGUCUUACUGUCUACGCUCUCUUCUUGCCUGUCCCUGUCAUCACAAGAGACUGUUCUUCAUCAUCAUCUUCCUCCUCAUGUUGUUCACUGCUGUGUUCGGUGGUGAAUGUGAGUCAUGUGACUCUCUCCUGGUACAAAGGAAACAGUUUAUUGUCCAGCAUUAAUGUGUCUGAUCUCAGCAUCAGUCUCUCUCUACCUCUGGAGGUGGAACAUCAGGAUAAAAACAUCUACAGCUGUGUGAUCAACAACCCCAUCAGAAACCAGACCAGACAUCUGGACAUCAGUGAAGUCUGUCAGACAAGUUCAGAACAUGACCCAACCAUAUUGAACAUUGUGCUGAUCUCUGCUGCUGCUGCUGCUGGAUUUCUGUUGAUUUUUGCUGCAGUCAUGAUCUUCUGCACCUGCAAGAAACAUAAAGAAGUAGAAGCAGAUCAGACAUGUACAGAAGAGAUCAUUUACUCCGAAACAACAUUCUAUAAAAGAAGAGGACAGAAUUCGAGAUCUAAAAAGGAGGAAGAGGUGGUGUAUGCAGGGAUUGCUGUGAAACAAUGAUUCUGACUGCUGUUCUUGUGAAAUGACCGAUGCUGAUUGACAUCUAGUCUUUUUAUGUUAUCUUAAAAUAUUGGAGGCAGAGCAAUCAGUCUUACUAACAGAAGCUCUGCAUUGCAACAUAAUGACAUUGAUGAGACUACAGAUAAUAAAAAUAAUAAUAUACAAAUAAUUACAAAAUUGACAAUGUGCAAUAUAGCACAAACACAAUAUACAAAAUAAACUCUUUAGUGUGAACAGGUAUGUCAUGUACAAAUUUGAAAUGUAAAUAAGUUUGUGUGUUAAAUAAAUACCUAUAUAGUGUGUGUUUA